AGAUGAACCACAUCAUAAAUGCAAGAAACUGCCGUGCAUUUCGACUUCAUCUUUCUUUCCACAACGACCACAAAUACACAUAUGCAUGCGAAUGCUCUGCCAUAAGCCAUGCAUGAUACACCCGAUGCAGCUUUUUUCGACGACCUCUUCGGUAACAAUUCUGCGUACGCCUUGCAUCUAGCCGCAAGCCAUGGCGAUGUUCCACAAAUCCACAGACUUGUGGACACAGGCAAAGACAUCGAUGAGAUCCAUGUCGCCCGCGGCAAGUUUAGUGGUUUUGGUACAGCUUUGCACGUAGCCGUGUGGCGCAAUCAGCCCACCGCUUUGGCAGCGCUCCUAGAGCGUGGCGCCAACAUGGACAUUCUAGAUGAAGGCUGCACCAACAUACGUAUGGAAGAUACACCUAUACGCCUUGCGGUGCGACUUGGGCGCCGCGAUAUGGCCAAAACAUUAUGGGACUUAGGCGCGCAUAGGCAAAAAUACCCGGACGAUUAUUCCCCGCGCGUGAUCGAGUCUGGUACGCUGCUUGAGGUCGCAGCGUUCGAAGGACAGGCAGAUAUGGUGUCUGACUUAUUGUCUUGGACUUCAGAAUGGACUCAAGAUCAGAAGAGCCACGCAUUAAGUCUGGCAUGCGCAGCGUUUCACCUUGAUGUUGCAAGAGUCUUAUUGGAGGCUUUCCAGUUCGACCAGGCAGAACUUGAAGAGGUUGCCGCCUAUACAGCGACUUGUGAGCAUGCUCCGAACCAGCCAUGUUCAUCGAGGGACGAGAAGUUUGCGUUUCUGCGGCGUGAGGCGAAAAGACAGGCAGAUGUCAUCGCAACGCUUCUUGAUGCGCAUCGGCGUCUAGGCGACCCGCGGGCUCACCAGGCCCUUCUCGACCGCCUACUUCCAGUGACCGCAGCCACACCAUUCCGUAUAGAUACUUUGCGACUUCUACUUCAAGGUGGCGCAUACCCGAAUUCUCGAAGCGAGAGUGAUGGUAUGACUGCGCUGCAAAUGGCGCUAACCAUACGGAGGGACGUGGGAACCUUCAAUGAGGAAGGUGUGAAGGAGCUGUUGGAUUCUGGUGCAAGUGUUGAUGUGCUGGACGAGGCUGGAAAGAGCAAGAUUGAAGUCUGGAGAAAGAAAAAGACAGAAGGGGUAUGGGAGUGAUGAUUCCGCGUUACUCGCCUCGGUGACCCAGUUUCCUGCAGCGCCUCGAGCACAAGGUGGAACUUUGUUAUACUGCCACGAGAGUCGGAAGGGGCCUUAGUCGCAGAUCACUAGUCGCAAAUCAGCUCAGAACAGUUCAAAAUCAUAUUCGAAAGCGGAAAUGGAGUUUGGUAGGUCACAUUGGGCACGACAAUGUCGCGGGUGUGAAAGUCGAAGACAAGAAGAUGCCCUAUAUUCGAGAUACUAGGGCCUCGUUAACAUGAUUCAAGAGGGUUAUAUGCUAGAACUGCGUGCCAUAUCGCAGCGACACAGAUCCGUUUCUGGGGUCGGAGCAAUCUCACACUUUUUUCUGCCAC